CAUUGAGAGAGAGAGAGAGAGGUGGGGGCUUGCAGUGAGUCUCUGAGAGAGAGAGAGAGUGAGAGGGAGAGGGGAAAGUGAAGCAGGGAAGAGAAGGUAGGAGGAGGAAGGAGAAAUGGUGUCGUACAUGAAUCUGUUUCUGUACGGAGUGGGAGGGAUAGUGGUGGCAGGGAUUUCACUGUUGGUGGCGCUUCAGGAGAAAUUGGUUUAUGUACCCGUGCUGCCAGGGCUCUCCAAGUCUUACCCGAUCACCCCAGCUCGUCUCCGCCUUCAGUACGAGGAUGUCUGGUUAAGAUCCUCAGAUGGAGUUCGCCUUCAUGCCUGGUUCAUCAAACUCUUCCCUGAUUGCACAGGUCCAACCAUUCUUUUUUUCCAAGAAAAUGCUGGCAAUAUUGCCCAUCGUCUGGAAAUGGUUCGCAUAAUGUUGCAGAGAUUGCGAUGCAAUGUCUUUAUGCUUUCUUACAGAGGGUGUGCUGCAUUGGAUCAUCUGACUCAACGAACUGACAUUGAUGCUUCUAGAAUAGUUGUUUUUGGAAGGUCACUUGGAGGAGCUGUUGGAGCUGCACUUACCAAAAACAAUCCUGAUAAGGUUGCUGCUUUUAUAUUGGAGAACACUUUUACAUCUAUACUAGAUAUGGCUGGAGUUUUACUACCCUUCCUUAAGUGGUUCAUUGGAGGCAGCGGUUCUAAAGGCCCCAAGGUUCUCAAUUGUCUUGUUCGUUCUCCAUGGAGUACAAUUGAUAUUAUUGGACAGAUCAAACAGCCAAUCCUCUUCCUUUCUGGAUUGCAAGAUGAGAUGGUUCCGCCAUCUCACAUGCAGAUGCUCUAUGCUAAAGCUGCCACUCGUAACAGGCAGUGUGUUUUUGUUGAAUUUCCAACUGGUAUGCACAUGGACACAUGGCUUGCUGGUGGGGACCACUAUUGGCAGUCAAUUCAGUUGUUCUUGGAACAAAACGCCCCUGAGAAUAAGGAAAGAACUCACCACAAUGAAAAUGCUACUACCCCUGAACCACCUAUUCUAGUUCCUGUCUCUAUUGAUGAUGCUUCCCCUCUACCGAUUGCUGAUCCUCCACUAAAGGUUUAUCAACGGUGUAAGAAGGCCAUGCCACCACAAUCUUCCACUCUUGCCAUUGCUCAACCCACCAUACAGCCUAAUCAUGGCACUGAGGUUCCUAUUGAUUUACCGAUUGCUCUUCGGAAAGGUAUACACUCUUGUACUUAGAAAUCCAUGAGUGCCUAUCCUAUUGAACAUUACGUGUCUAUUUCUUAUCUUCCAUCUCCUCUCCAUAACCUUGCUUUUUCAUUGUCUACUAACUCUGUUCCUAAACCCCAUCAUGAGGCUUUAUCUCAUCUUCGGUGGAAAAUGGCUAUGAAAACGAAGAUAAUGCGUUAUUAUUUUGUCAGACAUUCACUCUUGUGGAUUUACCUCCUAGUAAAGGUCUUCUGUGUUGUUGCUGGGUGUACACUAUUAAAUACCCUGAUGAUUCUGUUGAGCAUCUUAAGGUGUGGUUGGUGGCUAAAGGAUAUAAGACUUAUGGUGUGUACAAUUUUGAAACAUCUCUCUUGUGGCUUGUUUAAACUCUGUUCAUAACAUCGGCAGUAAAUCUAGACUAGCCUCUAUACCAGAUGGAUAUGAAAAAUGCUUUUCUCUAUAGUGAUCUUCAUGAGGUUUAUAUGAAGCAACCUUCGGGGUAUAUUGCUCAUUGGGAGAAUUUUGGUGGAGUAUGCAAACUUCACAAGGGCAUCAAUGGGUUGCAGCAGUCACCACAAUCAUGGUUCGAGUUGUUCGACAAGUUAAUUCUAUUGUUAUUCGUUGUGGAUUUCACAAUGCUACUCGGAUCAUUCUAUUAUACGUGUGUAUGGCGCCAAAAGUCCAAGAUAGUUGUACUUAUUAUCUGAUGAUGUCAUUAGAUUUGGAAAUGAUGCUUCUGGUAUUAUUGGGUGAAGUCUUAGCUUCAUCAGUAUUUUUAGAUGAAAGACUUGGGUUCUAUCCGAUAUUUUCUUGGCAUUGAAGUUCUUUAGAGUAAGAAAAGGUAUUAGUUUAU